AUGGCUUCCCAAGUCACCGAGGUCAACAAGACCGCCUCCGACAGCAACAGCCCGGCCGUCACCCCGACCCGUCGCAACUCGGACCCGGCGCUGGAAAUCUCCAACCAGCACCAGCAUCACCACCUUCACCACUCCGACCGCGUUGAUGCCAAGGGCCACGCCGACAACGUCGUCUACACCCGCACCGGCGAUUCGACCGUCCCCCACCAGAGCCAUCUUCACGACCACAGUGAGCCGCACGACAUCGAGAAGGGCAACCCGGACAAGCUGAGCGGCCCUCCCGACUACGAUGGUGAGAAGGGUGGUGUCAUGACGCCCUCCGAGCAGGAGGGUGCUCAGAAGCCUUCCAGAGUUCGCACUUUCUACAAGAAGAACAAGUGGAUUGCCCACCUUUUCAUCUUCUGCCUCUUCACCGGCUGGUGGAUUGCCUCGCUCGUCCUGCACCGCAACGACAAGAACUGGGUUGUGCCUUUCCUCGUCUGGCUCGCUAUCAUGCUCCGUCUGGUCUUCUUCUACGUCCCCAGCUCCUACGUCUCGCGCCCCAUCAAGUUCGUCUGGCAACAUUCGGCCGGCCUCGUCCACAGCGUCAUCCCCGAGAAGUUCCGCACCAUUGCCGGCGCCGCCUUGACCAUUGCCGUCAUUCUUGUCGGCUCUUUCGUCUCCGAGGAGUCUGCCGAUAACACGCGCGAGAACCGCGCCGUUUCCAUCUUCGGUCUGAUCGUCAUCCUGUUCUGCUUCUGGGCCACCUCCGCCAACCGUAAGCGCGUCAACUGGCGCCCGGUUAUUGGCGGCAUGCUGUCGCAGUACAUCAUUGCGCUCUUCGUGCUCCGCACCGGCGUUGGCUACGACAUCUUCAAGUUCAUCGCGGACCGUGCCGGCGACUUGCUCGGCUUUGCCAACCAGGGAACUGCUUUCCUGACUGCCGACAGCGUCAUUGACCUCCACUGGUUCAUCAGCGGUGUCAUUCCCCCCAUUAUCUUCUUCGUCGCCAUUGUCCAGGUCCUCUACUACAUUGGCUUCCUGCAGUGGUUCAUCGGCAAGUUCGCUACCUUCGUCUUCUGGGCUCUGCACGUGUCCGGUGCCGAGGCCGUCGUCGCUGCUGCCACUCCCUUCAUCGGCCAGGGCGAGUCUGCCAUGUUGGUCCGUCCUUUCGUCCCCCACAUGACCAAGGCCGAGAUUCACCAGAUCAUGACUUGCGGUUUCGCUACCAUCUCUGGUUCCACCCUCGUCGCUUACAUCAACCUGGGUCUUAACGCCCAGGCCAUGGUGUCGUCCUGUGUCAUGUCCAUCCCCGCCUCCAUCGCCAUCUCCAAGCUUCGCUACCCCGAGAACGAGGAGACCUUGACCGCCGGAAAGGUCGUGAUCCCCGAUGACGACGAGCACGAGGCCAAGAACGCCAUCCACGCCUUUGCCAACGGUGCCUGGCUCGGUAUCAAGAUCGCCGGUACCAUUGUUGCCUCGAUUCUCUGCAUUCUGGCCUUCAUUGGUCUCGUCGACGGUCUGCUGAGCUGGUGGGGACGUUACAUCAACAUCAACGACCCUCUUACCCUUAACCUCAUCACCGGCUACAUCUUCUACCCCGUUGCCUUCCUCUUGGGUGUUCCUCGCAACGGCGACCUUCUCAAGGUUGCCCGCCUGAUCGCCAUGAAGGUCAUCGCUAACGAGUACGUUGCUUUCUCCGCGAUGAAGGAGGCUCCCUACAACGACCUUUCUCCCCGCUCUCAGCUCAUUGCCACCUACGCCCUCUGCGGUUUCGGUAACAUUGGUUCCCUGGGUAUCCAGAUCGGUAUCCUGGGCCAGCUUGCUCCCAGCCGUGGUGGUGAUGUCAGUGCCAUGGCCAUCUCUGCCCUGAUCUCCGGUGUCAUGUCGACCUUGACUUCCGCCGCCGUCGCCGGCCUUGUCAUCACCCACCAGACGACCAACCUGGUCUAA